ACUUUAUUCACAUGUUACCUUAAUUCAGCUUUGAAUCGGUGUGAUAUAUGGUGCUUUCGGACAUGGCCACUAAAAGGCAUUAUAUGAAGCUUGUGGUUGUCGGUGACGGUGGUGUUGGGAAGAGUUGUCUCCUCAUUGCAUACAAUACAGGCUCCUUCCCGGCAUCGUAUAUUCCGACCGUGUUUGACAACUACAGCUCCGACGUCGUGUUCGACGGCAAACUUGUAAACCUGGCCUUUUUUGACACAGCUGGGCAGGAAGACUAUGACCGGCUCCGACCCCUGUCCUACCCUGGGACCGAUGUGUUCUUACUGUGUUUUGAUGUCAAGAACAGAAGCUCCUUCGAGAACAUACGAGACAAGUGGUACCCGGAAGUACACCACCACUGCCCUAACACGCCCCAGAUACUCGUCGGCUGUAAAACAGAUUUACGCCGAGGCGCCAGAGAUAAGACAGCGGUGUCGUGGGAAGAAGGUACUGCAUUAGCGAAGUCGCUUGGGAUGACGUACUUUGACACCAGUGCUCUGGCCCUGACCGGACUGAAGGAAUGUUUUGAGGGAGCCAUCAGAUCUGGACUGAAUAAGCCUGCGGCACCGAAGAAGAGUCUGCUAUUCGGGAAAUCCAAGAAACCCCUGCCUCUCCCACCAGUGAUGCCCCCUGCCGGUCUGGCUCCGUGGACGGAGAUAGAGACGUCCAAGUUUGCUGACCACUGGUACCAUCUCCUGGAGGACCCCAAGUUCUCGGACGUCACUUUCCUCCUGGGUGACAGGCACCAUCUGGACGCCCACAAGAUCAUGUUGUCCUCAGCCUCAAAGUUCUUCGCCCAAAUCUUACAGCUGCCAUUUACAAGAAAGACCAACCAGCUGUCAAAAGUCAAGGAGACGGAGGCCAUGACCCGGGAAGACCUCAACUCUGGGAAGAUUGAGGGCAUCAACUUUGUGUCCGACACAGACUGCAAGGCCAAGCCAGGUCACGUGACUAUUCAGCUCAGCGCUGAUAUCACGGCCUCCAUAUUUACACACGUGCUGGAGUUCAUCUAUACGGGAACUCCCCGACUGCCGGAUGACGUCAGUGAACAACGCCUGGAAGAUCUCAUCAGGGUGGCUAAGAUCUUCAAACUCCCCCAGCUGGUGACGAUUUGCCGCAACGUGUUGAACGACGAAGACUUUCUCAACCCCAGCAUCGGCACCUUUCUCAACGACGAGACGGCGGCCAAGAUGAAGGAGCUGUACUUUAACCAGCCAGAGUCAGCUGAUGUCGUGUUUGAUAUUGGAGGGCUUGAAGUGUACGCUCACAAGGUUGUCCUCAUGUCCCGGUGUGACGUUAUGGCCGCCAUGUUUGGAGGUGCUUUCAUGGAGGCUUUUCAGUCCGGAAAGUGUAAGCUCAAGGUUCAAAACACAACGUGUGAGUGUUUCCUGGCAUUACUGGAGUAUCUCUACACGGACCAUGCCCCCAUUGAAGGCGGUGAUGCGGUCGGGAUAUUGGUCCUGGCGGAUGAAUACUGUCAGCCUCGCCUCUUGAACCUGUGUGAGUUGUACAUCACCAAGGAAGUUGACCGGAGCUGUACCAAGAACAUCGAGAAGUCCGAAAUCGACGUCAUCGGUCUCCUUCUGACAGCUCAGCUUCACAACUCCUCCCAGCUGUCUAAAUGGUGCCUACAUUUCAUCUCGUCCAACUACAUUGCCUUCUCCGAGAGGUCAGAGUUCACUUUGUUGAAAGGCGAUAACAAGGUCCACGUGGAAGAGAACCGAUGGCCGCCAGUGUCCUACCUCGAGGAAGUGGAGGAGUAUGAGAAGAAGGUGGCGAAACUAGGAGGAACGUGUUCAGUUAUGUGAUCAACUUCACAAACAGAUUCGUCAUGAGAAGCUUGAGCUGGCCGAGUGCAUCACAUAUAAAAUACUUUCAUCACUUGACAUCAUGGACAGCGAUUGUUGUGUCGGACUUAGUUUGGUUUGCGUGAAGCACGUGCUUCACGUGCAUAUACCCUCUCUUUGAAGAAGAGGCUGAAAAAACAUUGACCUGCACCGCGUUAUGACUUAUGUUUGCUCAACAUGUUGACAUAUGGAAAAUUGGGCACUACCUGACGACAAGUUGAUAAGUUAAGAGCACCAUAACUUCUUGUGGACAGUACAUAUUCAUGAGGUCCGAAAGCCAUAAUGUAGCCUUCAAAUUGUUGCCUUGAUUUAUGUGAACCAGUAUGUCUCCUGCGUUUGUUUAUUAUAUCCUACGCUGAUGGAGUGAAAGAGACAGGCGGAAAAUAACAGUCGUCUAUGGCGCGGCACCAGCCAUAUAGCUGGAAUAUUGCUGAGUGCAGCGUAAAACAACAACCAACCAACCCGCCGCAAUUCGAUAUGGAGAAAUCAUUGUCAGAAAGGGGUGUCAGAAACCUACUACUGUGUUCGAAUCCCAAAUUCGUCCUGAGUUUGUUUCUGGGUAUGCCAGAACCAUACUUCUCUUCAUAAUUAUCUCAAAAGUAGUUACCCUACAGCGGCGGGUCAGUCAUUUCUCCCACCUAGAAUAUACGCGUCCACGUCCGGAUACUGACCAAAAUACUGUUGACUGCCGUGUUAAAGACUCACUCACUUUGAUGUUAGAUACCUAUUAAGGUACUGGUAUACGUGGAUGCUCAAAUUGUGUGUUAACCAUGUCUUGUAAAGCGUUUCCUUUGUAUAUAACUAUAGUGACAUGCAUGCAUGUAUAUAUAUACUCGCAAUAAACACGAGUAAUAUCAA